UCGAGACCAAAUAACCGAAACCCGUCGAUGUUUUAAAGGCAAUUAAAACCCGAGACCCGUCCGGAGGUUAGAGACGGUGAAACUAUGGCGGGAGACACAGGGCUGCUCUGAAAUCUCCCUCCGAAUUGAGAUAGAGCAAUAAAGUAAUGUUAAGCAAUCCCCAAAUGGCAGGUGGACCGGAAAGAGAAGACAAGGUCUCUUUGGAGGUGACGGAGGAGAUUCUACAGAGCAUGGAAGUUGGGCUCGCUUUCAGAGACUAUAAUGGUAGAAUUAGCUCGUUGGAUUUUCACAAGGCUUCGAGUUAUGUAGUGACUGCUAGUGAUGAUGAGUCAAUUCGCUUAUAUGAUGUCUCCACUGCAACGUGCUUGAAGACCAUUAACAGCAAAAAGUAUGGGGUUGAUUUGGUUUGCUUUACUUCUCAUCCGACCACGGUUAUAUACUCCUCGAAAAAUGGCUGGGAUGAAUCUCUGAGGCUUCUCUCGUUGAAUGACAACAAGUACUUGCGCUAUUUCAAAGGCCAUCACGAUAGGGUUGUCUCACUUAGUCUGUGCUCCCGGAAAGAGUGCUUCAUAUCUGGUUCUCUUGAUAGGACAGUUCUGCUUUGGGAUCAACGAGCCGAGAAAUCCCAGGGUCUCUUACAUGUACAAGGAAGGCCUGCCACAGCUUAUGAUGACCAAGGGCUAGUUUUUACAAUUGCCUUUGGUGGGUAUAUACGAAUGUUUGAUGCCCGCAUGUAUGAAAAGGGUCCAUUUGAUAUAUUUUCUGUCGGGGGAGAUAUGUCUGAUGCAAAUGUUGUAAAGUUCAGUAAUGAUGGGAGACUUAUGCUAUUAACAACUACAGAUGGACAUAUUCAUGUACUUGAUUCAUUCCGUGGCACGCUUUUAUCCACUUUCAGUGUCAAGCCUGUCUCAAGCAAUGCUACAUUAGAGGCUUCUUUUAGCCCAGAUGGAAUGUUUGUUAUGUCAGGUUCAGGUGAUGGUAGUGUCUAUGCUUGGAGUGUACGGAGUGGGAAAGAAGUCACAAGUUGGCUUAGUACUGAAAGUGAACCUCCUGUUAUCAAAUGGGCUCCAGGAAGCCUCAUGUUUGCAACUGGGUCUUCUGAAUUAUCAUUUUGGAUUCCGGAUUUGUCUAAACUGGCAGCUUAUGUUGGUGGAAGGAAGUAGAAGUUUUUGCCGGCUCUUCUUUGAUUUCUGCCUUUCUGGCAAAAAGCAGUUUAAAGAUACCAUUCUAACUGUCCAUGGAGGUGUGAUUCUUGAAGCAAGCAAUGAGUUUUCUCAUCUCCCUGUUGUCAUGUACCUCAUCUUUAGGACCCAAUUGAACAGAGAAACGACAAUCCCUGUGCUCUGUAUGACUCGGUUUAUUUUUCUAGAAUUUUAAGAUCUAUUUAGGGGGCUUAUAGAUGCUCUGCCAGUAUGGUCAAGAUUGCAUUUCCCACCCUUUGUAAAGUCAGUGUCAGGCAUCAGAGUGUAAAUUUUCACAGAACUACAAGAUUCCAAUUUUCUGAUUGUAUGAAUAUUCCAUGAUUGUAAAUUGUUUGUUUUGUGGAGAUAAAUGUCAGUUCAGAUAUAAAGAAGUGGUGACCACUGAUCACUGUGUCGUACUAGAGACAGAA